CUCAAGCAAUCGCGACAGCUUGAGCUAUAUACAGCUGCUGUGAAGGUUCCCCGGGUUUGCGGACAAAGCCAUCACACCAGAGCUUGCAAGCAACCACACAAGUGACACUCUGAUACUCGAUACGACCCCCAAUUGCGAAGAGAGCGGCGCGAUUUCUUUACGAGGUCAUAAUCGCAACAUCUCUACAGACUAAUGCUAAUUUUCUGUCCUCCGCCCUAGGACGCCCAGAAGUUCGGAAGCCCUGGUUCACGGUAGUCUCAUUUGAUGCUUAAGAAAUGGCCAGCAUUGGCCGUUCAUUCAAGCCACCGUCGUUGUUGACUACGAUGGCUGCUUCACGCCGUCCAGGUAUGCAGGGCAGGUCCGUGUCCAACUUAUCAAACACUUCGGAAAUGUCGUCAGCACCAUCUUCACCUGGUGAUUUCAAUCACGAUGAGAUCCUCUUCUCAGCAAGACCAUCUCCGACGCCUCAGGGCAGUCCCUGGCCUGACCUUGCUAAGAGACCAAGCGAGAUGCAUUUGAAGCUUCCUGGUACGUUAAAUUCUUUUAUACAAUUAUUAUUAUUAUUAUUAUUAUUAUUGAAACCUUCUUCUCAUGAGUUGUUUAUGGUUCCUGAGUUUCUACUUCAUAUUUCCAUUCCAUAUCCCCAUUCCCCGCUCCAUGACUUGGAUCAUAUUUUAUCCUCGGUCGCAGAGGCACACGUUCAUGUAGAGUUUACAUGCACCAUGUUCUCCUCUAUUCGGAGAUAUUCUCGUGGUGGCUUGUUGCCGUUCUUGCCGGAGUCGCAUCGCGAGACGAAGGAUAGUAGCCUCUAUCCGAUCCAAUCCGGUCCGGCGCCCCAUCUGCACGCAUUGGUCAUUGGAUGGUUGAGCAGCCAAAGCAGCCGCUAAUGCCCCCCGCCACACCCAUUGUCGUACCAUCAAGCAGGGUAUUGGCGGGGUGCUUCAGCAUUCGCUUGCUGGGGUUUUCAGGGUCUGGGGGUCCCUCGGAUCCUGCUAUGGGCGCCGUGGCUUG